CCAAGAACACAAAAUAUCUCGCGCCAUGGCCGGAAAACCAGACACUGUCGGUGCCAACGGCUCUGCCGAGAAGGAUCGAGGGGAUACAAGGAGUACGGACUCUGAAUCCGAAGAGGACCGCCAAAAUGAAACCGAAAAUACGACCCAGAGCGCAAACAAGGUUACGAAUGUCCAACCGAUGGAUCGGAAGCCAAAGUUCGACUUCGCGGCCCUGAAAAGCAACUCCUCCCUUAUGAACAAACUUCCGGGGUUUUUGGCCGAGAUGGAUGCUGCCAAUCGCGAGCUCGAAGCCGAAAAGAAGGCCGGUACCAUCGCUGAGCGACGCCUCGAAAUCGACGACGACGAAGAGGAAGGCGAGAAGGCUGAACAGUAUAUCGAGAUGAACCUUGGACUUGGAGUUCUUGAGGAAAAGACAAGCGAUUCUGAGACAAGUUCUGAGGGCGAAUCUAGCGACGAUGAGGACGUUAUGGACAAGCUCAUGGGAGCCGAAAAAGACUCCAAAGAUGAAGGCGAGAAGAAAAAAGUUGGCAUUGAAGAGGUCUGAACUAUGAUCUUCUAUGUCCAGAACAGCGCGACCAUGCGCCAUAAUGUUGUCAUAUUAAGACGGCGGUUUCGAUUGGAGGGGUUAUCAUGUCUACGAUACGAUAUCAAUGAGCAUUGGAGUUGGGAUGGGGGCAUAUGUUUCAUGGGAGAAGGUCGCACCGGGGAGUUAUGGGAUUAUGGGUGUAUAUUUUUGGGCCGAAGGUGUACAUACUUGAUCUGAAUGGGCACCAAUGUCUGUCUGCGGAAACGCAUGGCAGGAGUUUUACCAACAGUGGCGAGGCCAUUUUUAGCAUAUGGGCAUGGGAGUGGUUUCGGGAAACUCGAUACGGGAAAACUCGAUAUUCGACUCUACCCCACAUCAUAGAUGAUUCGCAGGCUUUUCAACCUGCACACAACCUUAAUAUGAAGUUGUAAAUUCUCUAGGAAGAUUUUAUUUUAUGUUUUUCUCGUAGUUGUGAUUUGAUAUGGGUGAUGACGGACUGGCUGAGAAUCGGCGAUAAAAGCACCGACGUAUUAUCACGUGAUUACCCGAUCUGUCAACGCUCCCGAGCUAAGAAAUUUGAUGUUCAGGC